ACAUCGGUGCAUCAAAAGACGUGACAAACGACACUACCAAUCCAAUAGGAUACACGACACAUCCCUUUCAUUUCGUUUCGAUUGGAUUAGAUUCGAUUCGUUUCAAUUUGGUUCUACAUCACACCAUGGUGCAAAUGCCAAAAAGAUCCUGUCUUCUUGUCGCAACGGUCUUCCUCCGAGCGUGGGGGACCGUUCGCUGCGCCAACGACGACAACGACAACGACAAUGCGCAUCUCUGCGCCAGAGCGACCGCCAACCUCGUCUCCCUGGACGAUGUCAUCGACGAAUACGAGGCCUCGCUGGAAUCAAACACGGACGGAGACACCUGGACUUUUGGCUUUCCCGACCCGGCCUUCGAGGCCUACGAGAAGGCCUGCGGCCGGAUCGAGGGAGACUCUUCCAUCUGGCUGCAGGCCCUCGACACCGCCGCCUUUGAGUGCGACCUUCCGGCCCUCGGCGUGGAGGGCAGGGCCGUCGAGUUUUACGGAAUCGGGAAGUGCCUGGCCAAGACGGCCGCGUGCGAAUCGACCGAUCCGCUGGACCUGGUGGAGACCGUCUGGAAGAACGCGGGCAUGGAGUGCCGGACACCGGGCGAAAGCAGUAGGGGUGGCGGCAGCGGGAGCGACGAAGAACACGAAAACGGCGGAGACGGCGGGAACAGCGAGACGAUCUCCCCGGGGGAAGAAGACCAGGACAGCAACGGCAGCAACAACAACGACAGCAACGACAACAAGGGGCAGGGUUUUCUGGGCCCCGACGACGGCAACGACGCGCAAAAAUCCGGCAGCGGCCCGAGCAUCACCCAGAUGCCCUUUCUCACGGACGACGACAUUGCCUGCUUGAACGCCACGGCUUCCUUUUACAAGUCCCGGCCCGGCCUGCAGAGCGCCCAGGCCACCUACGACCAUUCUUCCGUGCACGAGGACCGCAACGACGACCUCGGGGGAGCCAUGGUGAUCGGCUACCCCGGGGACAACGUUGCGGCGAUGAAGGCGGCCUGCCAGAUCGGCAGGGGCCACUGGACGGAAGGACCCCCUCUCGCCAACCUGACCUGCGUCGUGCACGGGACGGAAACGGCGGCGCUGGAGGUCUUCAACUACGGGGUGUGUCUGGCGAAGGUCGAGGAGUGCCUCUCGGUGGACCCGGUCCAUUUUUUGCAAAAGGACCUGGCGGAGGGCGACGGGGGCAUGGCCUGCUGGCCGGACGACGACCAAACGGAUGGCGGUGGCGAGGGCAACGACGACAACGACGACGACAACAAGGAUGGCGGUGCCAGCGCAGAAGGCGGCGGCAACAGCGAUUACGGCCCCGAGCUGUCCGAUGACGACCGGUUGUGCAUGGAGGACACCGAGUCGAUGAACCAAAAAUUCCCCGAGCUCCAGGGGGCCGGCAUCGCCUAUGCCGAGUCCAUGGAUUCGGACAUGACCGACGUCGAGCACAUGAUGAUUGGCUUUACCGAAGAGGCCGUCGACGCCUUUGACAAGGUUUGCACGAAAUCGCAGAUCGACGGCCACUUUGCCCUCAUUGCCGAAGAAGACUUUGCCUGCGACGCCAUGGGCGUAAGCGGGGAGCUCUUCCUCCUCAACCUGGCCGGCUGCCUCGCCAACACGGUGGAGUGCAGGGCCAUGGACCCGCUGGUCCUCACCGAGUCCGUCUUCAAGUCGAUGGGCCUCAAGUGCCGGGCAAAGACGGAUGCCGAAAAGGAACAAGGCAACGACAACGACAAACAGCAAGAACUCAACGACAAUGCUGACAACGACAAUGCUGACAACGACAAUGCUGACAACGACAGUACUGACAACGACAAUGCUGACAACGACAAUGCUGGCAACGACAGUGCUGGCAACGACAGUACUGACAACGACAGUACUGACAACGACAAUGCUGACAACGACAGUACUGGCAACGACAAUACUGGCAACAGCGGGACUGAUAACAAUGAUACUAACAGCGAUACCGACGACAAGAACAACAAGGACAGCGAAAACGAAACAGACAAUGACGAGGACACGGGUAGCAACAAGGACAGCGGCAACAAAGACGGUGGCAACGGAAACAGCAACGCAUCCUCGAGCAGCAGGCCCGGCAAUCCCGACGACGAAUCCCUGGCCAAGGCCCUGGGCCUCGACAAAUCCGACCUGGCCUGCAUGGCCAACUCGACCGGUUUUAUCGAUCGAUCCGAAACCCUCCAGGGGGCGGAAAAAGAAUACCAGGCCAUGGCGCAGUUGAGUCCCAGCAUCCACCAGCCGAAAAAGGUCGGCUACCCGGCCGAGGCAUCGGAGGAGAUGGAGCGGGUCUGCAAGGCCGAGGGCGGUGCCUGGUUCAUUGUGCCCCGGGGCGACGUGACUUGCGAGAGCAAGGGGUGCAUCCACGUCUAUAACUUUGGGAAUUGCGUCGCCGACACGGACAGCUGCGCGUACAUGGACCCGAUGGUGCUGGUCCGGGUCUUCUUCAAGGAGGUCCUCGGCUUGAACUGCCAAGCCGGCUGCGACGACCAGGAGCACAACGACGUCUACAACAAAAACUACGACCAAAAGCCUUCCGGGACCGCCAAGCCCCCGGCGGCCUCGCCAAAGCCACAGACAAGGGCACCGCACGCGACCCCCAGCGGCAGCGGCAAUCUGUUCCACGGCGCGUCGCAGGCGCAAACCCAAGCGCAAACCAGCGCGAGCGGCACAAGCAUGAUCACGGCGGCGUUUGCCGUCUGUGCCGUGCUGGGCCUGAUCGGGUUUGGGGCCGUCUACCACAAGAAAUGGUCGGGGAGGAGCGGCCGCCAGCAGCUGAGACAAGGGGACAUUGAAAUGAUGGGAAACGACAACGAACACGACCUCUGGUUCCGGCCCAUCUCGUAGCGUAGCGACAAAACUCGAAAAACAAAUCGUGUUCUUGGCGAUACACAAAACUUUCCCACACCGAACGGUACACACCGCCACCCAAGACCACCCGAACUUGACCGAGCAGACGCAUCGCUAUUUGUAGAAUAAUUAUGAUAACGCAUA